AUGGCCGGUACCGGCUCGCCUAUCCUCUGGCAGGACGAAAAACGCAGCAUCACCCUCCUAGACAUCCCGCGCUCCGUAUCUGCUGCCCAAGGAACCGCAGAACGACCUUGCUACGACCUGUUGCUCUCGAGUGAGCCCCUGGAGAAACCUUUCGUAGUGGUAGAACCAAAGUCAAACAAGGCUAAGCAGAAUUUGCAGCAGAACACUGUUGACGAAGAACUUCACACCGCGUACAGAGACAUUCUGGACAACGCACUUCAAUCAAUACGACAACACCACCAGGGUCCAUGGGCACUCAAGCGACCGUUCAUUGCAGGCCAAAGUAUCGUACGUCCCGGCAAGAAGCGCAAGCUGGAUAGUCAAGACAUUACCAGAGAUGUCCAUUCCGUCGCAGAGACUGAAGAUGCUCUACCCGAGAAUGGUCUCCUGGAUCGAAUAGCUCAAAGUGAUUUCACGAAUCAAGACCCCGCCGAGCGGGAGCCAGAGGAAGAAGCAUGCCAAAUCUGCGACUCUGACGACCCAAACUUCCAAACGAACUGCAGCCCCUCCCCACUACUGAAAAGCCAUCAACCGCCAAACUGUUCCAGCGACCAACAGACCGCAAACCCCAUACGAAUCGCACCAUUCUCCUCCUUCCACCUCAGCGACUGCACCACGCACUCCCGAGCCUUCCACACCUCCAUCCGGCACCAAGCCAACUCACACGAAACCCGCCGCCACUUCGACUUCAUCCUCCUUGACCCGCCCUGGCCAAACCGCUCCGUGAAACGCACAUACCAAACUCCCGGCGCCGGCUACGCCAUCUCAAACUCUCUCGACGACGUCUACGAUCUGCUCCUGAAGAUGGAUCUGGAUAUGCUUAUGGCUGAGGACUGCCUCGUGGGGAUGUGGAUCACGAACAAGCAGGCUAUCCGAGAGCUUGUGCUGGGCGAGGAUGGCGUGUUCGAUCAGUGGGGUGUGGAGUUGGUGGAGGAGUGGAUUUGGUUGAAGACGACGGUGUAUGGUGAGACGGUUACGCCGGUUGAGUCGGCGUGGAGGAAGCCUUAUGAGAUUCUUUUGCUGGGUCGUAAACAACGGCGAGGAGGUGCGGCCUCAGGCGACGUGACGGAUGUCAAGCGGAGAUGUAUCGUCGCUGUGCCGGAUUUGCACUCUAGGAAGCCGUGUUUGAAGGAAUUGAUCGAGCCUCUCAUGCCAGAUCCUAAGGAUUACAGAGCCCUGGAAGUUUUUGCGCGGCAUUUGGUCGCGGGGUGGUGGAGUUGGGGUAAUAAGUGCACCAAGUUCAACACCGAGAGCAAUUGGCGCAGAGCAGAUGACUUUAAGGACACGAAUGCGGAUCAGAAGGCGGUCGAUCGGGCUCCUUGA